UGCAAAGAAAAUAGAAUACAGCAUGCGAUCUCUUCUAGAUCCCCACGCUCUCUCCCUCGGGGAACCUCAGCCUCCGAAACAGGUGCAUUCCGUCAGCGUUUCAAUGCCAACAUGGGACAGCGUAGUCGGCUGGGGUAAACGCGAAGACAGGGUGGUGAGCAAGAUGCAGACGGUUUACCCAAGGUUCCAUAUCCAUCAAGUCCUCCAAGAUCUAGGCGCGAUUGUACGGAAAAGAUUCGAUAUCGCCGACAGCCACCUCGACUGCAUGCUAUUCCCAUCCGAAUCGACGGCACAGCGAUUCGUCUUGCAAUUAAGAGCAAAGGAUACAGGGAAAACAGUGGAGCCGGUAACAUUCCAUCUACCUGACGGUGUAUCAACCGAAAACGCCCGCUGGGGACGCUUCGUCGCCGUGAUAUAUGAUCGAGAUCUCCAUCCACAAGCCCGCAAGACCUGGUGUAUAUUGGGAGAUGGAAUGUCUAGCAGACACGGGGAAUUCUGUAAAGACCGGAUCGACAUUAUGCAUUCCCGAUCACCCAGCCCCGCUUUUCAAACCGCUGCCCCAAAUUCAGAUACAACGGAACUGGUACCGGCACCGUGGACGGAUUCCGCCCGUCGCGAGAAACAACAAAUCAAGAAACAGAUUGCGGAGCUAGUGACGUCAGAGAAGCCUGGUUCCAAGAGGGUCUCGCCGGAUGAUGUUUUUUUAUAUUCGAAGGGGAUGGUGGCUAUUAAUUAUGUGGCCAGGGCAUUGCUAAGGACUUUACCGGGUUCUGAGUAUAAUGGAGCGGUUGUUUACGGAUGGCCCUACGCCGAGACACCCAAGGCCGUGCAGAUGGCCGGGUUCGAACGAUUUACGUUAUAUGGACGCGGGACGGCGCGGGAAUUGGAUGAGCUGGAGGCUUUGUUGAAAUCGGGCCAGCGCAUUCGCGUGCUGUUUUGCGAGGUUCCGUGUAAUCCGCUGUUGGAGUCGUCUGACCUGUUACGAGUCAGAGCUCUGGCGGAUGAGUAUGGGUUUGUUGUGGCCUGCGAUGAGACCCUGGGGACAUUUGUCAAUAUCGAUUUGCUGCCGUAUGCGGAUAUUCUCAUGACGAGUUUGACCAAGAUCUUCAGCGGCGCGUCCAACGUGAUGGGCGGGAGCGUGGUCGUCAACCCCCAAUCCCGACACCACGGUACAAUCCACUCCGCUUUGAAAUCCAGCUUCGAAGACGAAUACUUCCCCCUCGACGCUGUCACCAUGUCCCAAAACAGCUCCGACUUCGUCCCCCGCGUCCACCACAGCAACACUAUCGCCCUCUCCAUCGCCAACCUCCUCUCCUCCCACCCCUCAGUCCACCACGUCCACUACCCAACAAUGGUAACCUCGGCACCGCUCUACGAAAAGUACCGUCGCCGAAACGGCGGGUACGGAUUCCUGCUAAGCAUGAUCUUCAACCACGCGACGAGCGCGGUGUGUUUCUACGACGCGCUAGAUGUGCGCAAGGGACCGAGUGUGGGGACGAACUUUACGUUGGCGAUCCCGUAUGCGCAGCUGGCGCAUUUUCAGGAGUUGGAAUUUGCGGCGGAGUAUGGGGUCGAUCGCUAUAUUGUACGGAUUAGCGUUGGGUUGGAGGAUGGAGAGGUGCUGAUGGAACGGGUGCGGGAGGCGUUAAGGGCGGUUGAGCGGGUGGAGGGUGCGGAUGUGGGUGUGAAUGCGAGUGCGAGUGCGAGUCCGCAUGCGAAAUUAUGAGAGUCGUGGUACUCCGUACAUAGCACGGUGCCCAACAUUCUCAAGCCCAUUUUUGUAGUCGGUACUACUAGUACAGUGAAGAGUGAUUAGUGGGAGGCAAACCCGUGAAGAUCAUGUGACAGCUUACGUAGACUCGGGAACGCGUGUCGAUCACGAAAAGACUUUUGCUAUCUAUAGAUUUUCUUUAAUUUUUCUUUCAUUUUACUCAUAAUUGUGAUGCAGUGAAGAACACAAAAACAGGAUUGUGAUUGUCACAGCGUAAUCAUGAGUUCGUCUGUUAGUUAGUACCAGGGGUUCAUUAAUUUGUAUUGAAUCCAGUUGAGAGCUCAGACCCAUAGUUAGUUAGAUAGGGCA